AUGGACGGACUGAAGGCGACCUUCUCGGUGGUGUCCUACUGCGGGCAGCUGCGGGAGGGGGUGGUGGUCUCGCCGCUCAGCAACCUCACCGUCUGCAUCGACAUUUACCCGACCCACAGGCUCGGCAAGUGGGCGGCGUUCACGUACCAGCGGGCGGCGGCGGGCGAGCGGCAGGAGUUGGGCAUCGGCGGCCACAGCGGCCACCUGCGGGUGUGGCUGGCGGGGACGGUGACCGACGUCCCCCGCCCGCUGCCGCUCCGCGCCUGGCACACGGUGUGUGUCAGCUGGAGCUCGGCCACCGCGCAGCUCGUCGUCUACAUCAACGGCUCGCUGAGCCACGAAUCCCAGAAGGCGGCGGCGGCGCUCCCCGGCGGCGGCUCCCUCACCCUCGGCCAGUUCCAGCUGUCAGCGCCCAACGCCUCGCUGCCCCAAUUCGACCCGUCCUGGGGCUUCCUCGGCCACCUGUACUACUUCAGGCUGUGGGACCGCGUCCGCGGCGGCCCCGAGCUGGCGGCCGCGCCCUGUGCCCGCGGCUCCCUCCUCCACUGGUCCCACACACACCUCCGCUUCACCGGCAACACCCUGCGGGCCGACCCCUCCCUCCGCUGCGCUCUUCCUUCAAGCACGUCGAACCCUGCCUCUCCCACAGAUUUGUUCACAACACCAACCUCUUCUGAUCGGACCACCUCAUCAACAUUGUCCUCAGAGAGGACCACCUCAUCGCCAUCCUCAGAGAGGACCACCUCAUCACCAUCCUCAGAGAGGACCACCUCAUCGCCAUCCUCCUUUGAUAGGACCACCUCAUCGCCAUCCUCCUCUGAUAGGACCACCUCAUCGCCAACCUCCUCUGAUAGGACCACCUCAUCGCCAACCUCCUCUGAUAGGACCACCUCAUCGCCAACCUCCUCUGAUCGGACCACCUCAUCGCCAUCCUCCUCUGAUCGGACCACCUCAUCGCCAUCCUCCUCUGAUCGGACCACCUCAUCGCCAUCCUCCUCUGAUAGGACCACCUCAUCGCCAGCCUCCUCUGAUAGGACCACCUCAUCGCCAUCCUCCUCUGAUAGGACCACCUCAUCGCCAUCCUCCUCUGAUAGGACCACCUCAUCGCCAACCUCCUCUGAUAGGACCACCUCAUCGCCAACCUCCUCUGAUAGGACCACCUCAUCGCCAACCUCCUCUGAUAGGACCACCUCAUCGCCAACCUCCUCUGAUAGGACCACCUCAUCGCCAACCUCCUUUGAUAGGACCACCUCAUCGCCAUCCUCCUUUGAUAGGACCACCUCAUCAACAUUUUCCUCUGAUCAGACCAUUUCAUCAACAUUGUCCUCUGAUAGGACCACCUCAUCGACAGGCUCCUCUGAUUGGACCACUUCAUCAUCAAUGAUCUCAAAGACAGUUACCACUGCGAGCCUACCCUCAGUGAAUUUCUUCAAGACCUCGAUGACCAGUGUUGUGAAUGCCUCAGCUGGACUGCCCACGCUGACAGAUGUGCAGAACAUGACCAACAGCUGGCUGAGGAGCAUCUUCAACACGGACAUUGUCCUGCUGGAUGUGAAAGUACUGAGGAUUAAACAAAGGUACCAAUGUGAGUUCCGGCUGCAAGCAACGUCCUCCAAACCCGAGUCCCAGAUCAGGACGGAGAUCGAAGUCCAGCUGAGGAACAAAUGUGACCUGGAAACGGGGUCACUGGCAGCAGUCCCCGGGACCAUCCUUGUCCAACACUUGGUGCCUGGCAAGUGUCAGAGAGACCUCUGGACAACCGCAGAAAGGAUAUAUAUCUGGCCGUCCACAUCGCCCUUGAAGACAGCACAGCUAAGUUGUAAAACCCACCCAAGCGCCCUCUCCUACAGAGAAUGUGAGCUAAGUGCUGUGACUGACCGGGCCGUCUGGUUGGACCCCAACAUGACUGAGUGCAGAAACAUUCCCAACAGCAUCUUGGAGCUGGAGUCUGUGCAGGUCACCGCGGCGAACGUGGAGGAGGUGGCUGGACAUGUCCUCCGGCUGACCGGAGAGGUAACCAGCCUCUCGACCCAUGACCUGGAGAUCGUCGUGUCCAAGACCAGUGACAUUGUGUGGGCAGCGGUGAUGGACGUCACGCUGGCGAGCAACGUGCUGGGCAUCAUCAACAACCUGUUGGUCAAGACCUACACCCUGGGCCAUCUCUCCAGCAGGAACCUGCGGCAGGACCACCCAUCCAAGAUCCUGGUGAACCUCUGCACCUCGCUCUUCAUGCUGAACAUGGCCUUCCUGAGCAACUCCUGGAUGUCCUCAUUCCACCAGCGAGUGCUGUGUGUGUCCGCGGCGGCUGUGCUCCACUACUUGGUGCUGACUUCCUGCACCUGGAUGUGUGUGGAGGCCGUGCACAUGUACCUCGCCCUGGUCAGGGUCUUCAACAUCUACAUCCGCCAUUACAUCCUCAAGCUCUGCCUGAUUGGAUGGGGUCUCCCAGCAACCAUCGUCAUCACCUUGCUGUCCGUCGAUGCUGGUUUCUACGGUGACCAGGAGAUGAGAUUGGUGGGACCACUGGACACGUUCUGCUGGUUACAGAGCGGCCCUGCGUUCUACACCUCGGUGGUGACCUACUGCGGGCUGGUGUUCCUGGUGAACCUGACCGUGUCGGUGGUGGUGCUGCGGCAGAUCACGGUGAUGCACGCCACGCGGCGGGGCAGCUCCUCGCAGGACCGGCUGCGGCACCACCUGCGGGCUACGGCCGGCCUGACCGUCCUGCUCGGCCUGAGCUGGGGCUUCGCCUUCUUCGCCUGGGGCCCCGCGCACCUCCCCUUCACCUACCUCUUCUCCGUCCUCAACACCCUGCAAGGGCUGUUCAUCUUUGUGUUUCACUGCCUGAUGAAGGACAACGUUCGGACCCAGUGGAGGCUUCACUUGUGCUGUGGUCGCCUGAAACUCGAUCAGUAUUCUGAGUGGAGCAGGGCUGUCCAAGGAACGACAGUGAGGGACUGGCGGGCAGACUCGUGGACUCACUCCAAGUCCCACUCCAGCACCACCUCCUGCAGGAGCUCCAGAAAGAACUUGAUUCUGCCACAGGACUUUGAGACCGGUUUUGAAUACAGUGACCAGUGCAACACUUGGAGUGACCAGUAUAACCAGUGCAACGUUUGGAGUGACCAGUGCAAUCAGUAUAACCAGUGCAAUGCUUGGAGUGACCAAUACAACCAGUACACUAGUUAUAGUGACCAGUGUAACCAGUGUACCAGUUACAGUGACCAGUGGCGAUGGUCUGUGGGGUUGGACGUGUCCCGUGGGUGGAGGGGAGAGGGGGGGGCUGACCUGCCAACCUGCUUCCCACCAGAACCCUCCAACUGCCGUGGGCAGGUGAGGGGAGGGGCUCGGGGGUUGAUGGGAGGGAUGUGCUUCCCCUGUGGUAACCCUGCACAGUCCUUCCUGAGACACCCCUUGCCCAGUGCAUCUGCCGCAGGGACACUGAACCCUCGCCACUCCUCUGACAUCACUCACCUGCCUCUAGAAAGGCAUCAGCUGUGA